UCUUUGGGAAAGUCAUCCGCCGUAAUGACACGUAGCCUAGUGCUAAACACAACUCGACUACACUGACAUAAAACGAGUAACGUGCAUAGUAUCACGAGUUCCCCCGCGAACAUAGCUCGGGAUUCAUAUAGUGAGGUGGCUAGAGACUCUUGUUAUAUAUGACCAUGGAGCACAAAACAAGUCAUAACUAAGUAGCACGGAGAUCUAGACCAGUGUUUGCAAACAGCGAUGACGUGUUGGUGGGCGGAGCCUAGCAGUCGUGGAAUAAAAUAAUAAAAAAGGUAAUUUUGAGUUUAUAUUUAAAAAUUCUGCUUUUUUUUUCCUUCAAUUGGGAGAUUUUACCCCACAAUUCUGGUAAGAAAAAUUAACUCGUCAUUCUCUCGUUUCAUUCUCUUGUUUUUAACACCACACUCAAUGGCUUUUUUUUCUCUCUCUCGCAAUUGUUGAGUUGAAUCAAGUUAUACAGUUCGAACUAGGAGAUAAACUUGCAUUUGUAAGAAAAAAAGUCAGAAUUGUGAGAUAAAAAUAGGUAAAUGUUAUGUAAAAUUUUAUAGGUUUAAAUAAUAUUUCAUGCUUUUACUGUUGGGCUAAAAAAAUAUGUCCCCUAUCUGAAUAUUAUAUAGACUUUUAAAGGUAAUUUUCUCAAUAUUUCGAUUUUUUUGCACCUCAGAUUUCGGAUUUUCAAAUAGCUGUAUCUCAGCCAAAUGCUGUCCUGUCCUAACAGAGCUUAUUUAUACAGCUUUCAGAUGAUUUUUCAGAAUUUAAAAAAACUGACCCCAUAUGACUGGCUUUGUGCUCCAGGGUCACAUAUUACUUUAUACUAAACCACGUCUAUGCAAGCCAUUUGACCGCAUUUUUUAAGCUCAUAUUCUCUUUUUAAUGCAUAAACACGAUAAUAACUGUUGGCGAUGCUCAUAAACACAAGCUCGCAACAUAAGUCACUCAAUUGUAUCUAGAUCAGGUCGCACCUUUUUUUUUUUUUUUUUUUUUUUUUUUUACAUCCGCAUUAGUGAAGUUCUGAACAUCAGUCAUGUAUCCCUCCGCCUGCGGUAGAAGUUCUGACUGUCAGUCAUGUAUCCCUCCGCCUGCGGUAGAAGUGCUGAGGCUGGAGCCGCCGCCAUUUUGAAUGUCUGGUCCGUUCCUCCUUCCGUCGAUCGAGAAGGUUGUUCUUGUUUUCUGGUAUCAUAACGGCUGGUGAGUGGGAGCUCGUUUUAAUCGACUAAACGACUUCGUAUAUGACCGUAGAGCUCGGCGCUGUCAAGCCGCUCGGUUGUAUUCGCGUGUGCUCGGGUUGACUCUGCGCUGCAUAGGAAGUGGCUCGCACAGGCUAAUGCUAAAGCUAACGCCCGUGCACCGGGACGCUGUCAUAAGCUGCAUCGCUAACAGUCGCUCAACUAUCACUCGAACAGUACUCAUGAAAUCCCAGUUAGACUGUAGUUUAUGACUGUUUCAGUGUGUUUAAGGUAGAGGUGUGUGUUGAAUCCUCCGUCAAAUCGUCGCUCGAGUCGAGGCCCGACUAGACUCCAGUCAGUUAGCAGCGGACUCACGCAGUGCUUCAUUCACAGACAUCACGGAGCAAUAACACAGAGGAUGCCAGCUCCGAUCAGACUGCGGGAGCUGAUCCGGACAAUCCGGACGGCUCGGACACAGGCCGAGGAGCGAGAGAUGAUCCAGAAAGAGUGUGCUGCCAUUAGAUCAUCCUUUAGAGAAGAGGACAACACAUACCGCUGUAGAAAUGUGGCUAAGCUGCUUUAUAUGCACAUGUUGGGCUACCCGGCACACUUUGGCCAGCUGGAGUGCCUGAAACUGAUUGCAUCACAGAAAUUCACAGACAAACGGAUAGGAUACCUGGGAGCCAUGCUACUUCUGGACGAGAGGCAGGACGUCCAUCUAUUAAUGACGAACUGCAUUAAGAAUGACUUGAACCACAGUACACAGUAUGUGCAAGGACUAGCCUUGUGCACCCUGGGCUGCAUGGGCUCAUCCGAAAUGUGCCGUGACUUAGCUGGAGAAGUGGAGAAACUCCUCAAAACGUCAAACUCCUAUCUGAGGAAAAAGGCAGCUCUGUGUGCGGUUCACGUCAUCCGCAAAGUCCCGGAGCUGAUGGAGAUGUUCCUGCCAGCAACAAAAAACCUGCUCAGUGAGAAAAAUCAUGGAGUUCUCCACACGUCUGUUGUCCUGCUCACUGAAAUGUGUGAGCGAAGUCCUGACAUGCUUUCUCACUUCAGGAAGCUGGUUCCACAACUUGUACGAAUCCUGAAGAACCUGAUCAUGUCAGGAUACUCCCCUGAGCACGAUGUGUCUGGCAUCAGUGACCCUUUCCUGCAGGUGCGGAUAUUGAGGCUACUGAGAAUUCUGGGAAAGGGUGAUGAUGAUUCUAGUGAAGCUAUGAAUGACAUUCUUGCACAGGUUGCAACAAACACAGAGACGAGUAAAAAUGUAGGCAAUGCUAUCCUCUACGAAACGGUUCUUACCAUCAUGGACAUCAAAUCAGAGAGUGGCCUUAGGGUUUUAGCAAUUAACAUUCUGGGACGUUUUCUUCUCAACAAUGACAAAAACAUCAGAUAUGUGGCAUUGACAUCACUACUGAAGACUGUGCAGACGGACCACAAUGCUGUGCAGAGACAUCGAAGCACUAUCGUGGACUGCUUGAAAGACCUUGAUGUGUCCAUUAAAAGGCGUGCGAUGGAGCUGAGCUUUGCCCUGGUUAACGGCAACAACAUCCGGGGCAUGAUGAAAGAGCUUCUGUAUUUCCUGGACUCCUGUGACCCUGACUUCAAAGCGGACUGCGCAUCAGGGAUCUUCCUGGCUGCUGAGAAGUAUGCGCCCUCCAAAAGAUGGCACAUAGACACCAUUAUGAGGGUUUUGACAACGGCAGGGAGUUAUGUCCGGGAUGACUCUGUGCCCAACCUCAUCCAGCUAAUCACAAAUAGUGUAGAGAUGCAUGCCUACACUGUACAGAGACUCUACAAAGCCCUCCUGGAUGACAUCUCUCAGCAACCUCUAGUACAGGUGGCAUCCUGGUGCAUAGGAGAGUAUGGAGACCUGUUGGUCUCAGGCCAGUGUGAGGAGGAGGAACCCAUUCAGGUUUCUGAAGAUGAGGUCCUGGAUGUUUUAGAAGGUCUCCUUGUUUCUAACUUGUCCACCCCUGUAACGAGAGGUUAUUCCCUGACCGCUAUCAUGAAGCUGUCCACCCGUUUCAGCAGCCUCAAUCGAAUCAAAAAAGUGGUGUCGAUAUACGGCAGCAGCAUAGAUGUGGAGCUGCAGCAGAGAGCUGUGGAAUAUAACGCACUUUUCAAAAAAUAUGAUCACAUGAGAUCUGCAUUACUAGAGCGAAUGCCUAUUAUGGAAAAAACGUCCACUAACGGCCCAGCAGAGAUUGUCCAGACCAAUGGAGAAACCGAUUCAACCAUCCUGGACACAAAACAUCUGCCCAACAUCACUCAACCAGCCAGUCAGGCAAAUGAUUUAUUAGACCUACUCGGAGGUAAUGAUGUGGUACCUGUUAUCCAAACAACGGUCCCCACAAAGCCUGCGUCAGCUGGAGGAGAACUGCUGGAUCUGCUGGGAGACCUUUCUCUGACAGGUGGUCCGACCCCCACCCCUGCUCCCUCUGUGCCCAUGUCCCAGCCCCCUUUCCUUUUGGACGGUCUCACCUCGCAACCCCUCUUCAAUGACAUUGCAGCGGUCAUUCCGCCAAUGACGGCGUACAAUAAAAACGGUCUGAAAAUUGAGUUCACUUUUGAGAGGUCCAACCCCAACCCCAAUAUUGCAGUCAUUACCAUCCACGCCACCAACUCCACUGAGGCUGAAAUGACAGAGUUUGUGUUCCAGGCUGCAGUACCAAAGACAUUCCAGCUGCAGCUUCUGUCCCCCAGCAGUAAUGUGGUUCCAGCCCUCAACCAGGGAAGCGUCACGCAGGUCAUCAGGGUCCUCAACCCACAGAAGCAACAGUUGCGAAUGCGGAUCAAGCUGACAUACACUCACAAAGGCUCUCCUGUACAAGACCUGGCCGAAGUCAACAAUUUCCCCCCUCAGUCCUGGCAGUGAUCUGCCACCCUUCUCAAUCUUAAAGACCCCCAGCAAGGGAACAAUGGGAAAGAUGUCCCCUCCCCAUUCCCAAACGAUCCCCCGUGACAUCACCACAGACGCUGCCCUGGGGUUGCAUGGGAAGCAGUGGAAUCCUCCUGACACAGUCAAGAGUUGAUGGUAUAAAGACUGAUGAUGAUGAUGAUGAUUACAGUGACAUCGAUGAAGAAAAAUCACAUCUCAAUACAUAUCUUUUCAUUCAUUUCUUCGCCCGUCUGUCUUUCUCUCUCUACUUCGGGUUUAGUGCAAAAUGUCCAUACUCACACUUGCACUUAGCGUUGUGCACUUCACUUUAUCUGUCACUGUAGUGCACUCCCACACUCCUGCUCACCCCAAACAUGAGGAAACAUCCCUGGUGGCCACUAUACAAAGGAGCUGCUUGUCUGUUUUGUUUGAUUUUGUCCAUGUUUUUAAUCUUGUUAAUGGGUUUGGUGUAUUUUAAGAAAAGCAACGACAUAUUGAAUUAAUUGCAAAGUCUGAACAUUUGCCCCUUUAAGCAUUUCAGAAUCAAGAGGAAAAUGGGUUGUGAUGAUGUCGCCUUAAAUCAUCGUUGUACAUGGCAUUUAGUAAUUGUCGUGUAAGGCUGAUCUAAUGUCCCGGAUACAAGCGAUGUGGUGGCUACACCGUAUUUCACAUGAAAGCGUUGUCUGUCAGCAGUAAUGUACACACUAACAGAUCUGUCCAGAAGUGCUUGACCUUCAUCACAUGUAUCAUCAAGAAUAGGCAACAGCGCAUACUUUGAUUUUUUAGACAGCGUCUAAAUGUCUUCGACAUCGACACUGGAGCGUCUCUUUUUGAGGUGACAGAGAGAGAGAGGGAGUGUGUUGCUCGUUAAUUUUUGCGCAGCUUACAUCACCCAAUAGUUUUUCAUCAUCAAAGCUGGACACUUUUCCCCCCAAAACCUUUAAUUUGGCAUAUUGCAGUUUUGUUUGCCUCUACUAGUCACAGAUGGUGUGUUCUCGUAUUGUUUUUUAAAUCUUAAAAUACAUUUAAAUAGAUUGAAAAUAGCCUACACUGAAGACGUUGUCAGUUUUAAGAUUUUUAGCUCAAUCAUUAAGCAUUGAAAUCGGUAAAAAAUGUAGUUAAAGAGUGUGAUCUUGAAAUUGAUUUCUCACUAAAUUAACACCCAGCGAUGUAUAAUGAGGUUAUGGUCAGCGUAGAUGCUGUAAAUAUAGACUAUUAAUAUAAGGCCUUCAUGAAUGUAGUUCCAUGCACUGAAUGGACUUUUUUUUUUUUUUGACUUUCUGCAGUGAUUUGAAGUAUGGAAAUAUUGCCUGAACUAAAGCAAUGUGCCUUUGUCAUAGCCGGGUAAAAAGAAAGCCCUGAGAGUUGACUGAAGAGUAGAGGACUUUUUUUGUUUCGCAGUCAUUUCACUCGAGUUCUCGUUCAGAGGGCGUUGUACUGUCGGCGUGCAUUAGUCAGUGUCUCUUCUUGCAGCUUCCAAAGGCAGUUUGCAACAUUAACCUGAAUAUACCUCACACUGUCGUCUUGUUUUGUCUUUGUCGGCUCGGAAGAGCACUAUGAUUGUUUCAUCAAGUCAUGGAAAUCCUCACUUCACGUCAUCUGUCGCUGCUCUUCGUUUCCUUCAUCACUUUGCGUAAUUGCAUUUGCUAUGCCACACUGAAGUCUGGUGACCAAAUCAAGAGAUGUUCUUUGGGCUUGGGAAAAAUGUUAACAAUGUUAUGUAUAUGGAGAAAGAACGAAAAAAAAAAGACUUCUCAUUCUAAUAGCCUCUUUGUGUUUUGUUGCGAUUCUUUCGAUUUCUUGGCUUUUUCUGUACAUUUCUGAGGGCUUUUAAGAUGCAUCAUCUGUUUCUUUUCAUCCCUUUUUAAGAUCCGGUUUUCUAAGACUUGCUUCCAGUGUAUAAUGUUUGAAGCUGUCCCUCAGAAGGUGGUUUAAUUUAACAACUUACCUGUUUGAUUGAUUGAUUGUUUAUUGGAAAGAAACUGUACUAUGUGCUGCCUGUAUAUUGUAUAUAAUUGUAAAACGCAUCAACCAGAUCAAAUCAAAUAAAAAUCCCAUUUGAAGA